AUGGAAUCGACAAUUGCCCCCAAACCUCGGCCUCGACCCGCGCAUACACAAGGAACUACUCGCUGCGCCUAUACCCCCGAUGGCAGUCGUCUUGUCACAGUAGGCGCCAACAACACGAUCCGUCUCUAUAAAACAGGCUCCGAUGGAGAACCGAUCAAUAUAGAUGAGUGCCAGGAACAAAACACCGCUGUUGCCACGAGCGACCAGUUCUUCGUCGUUGGUUCCGAGGAUGGCACCGUCAGCUUGUACUCUCUCGAAACAAAUGCUUUUGAGCGUUUCCUUACCCGCACAACGCUGCCGGUUCGGGAUGUUGCGUUGACAGCUGAUAGUCAAUGGUGUGCUGUUGCGAGCGACGAGCUGAGCGUCAAGAUCGUCAACACACAGGAUAUCUCAAAGGUCAAACACCUGCGGGAGCAUGGCCGUGCCGUACGAAACGUUAGCUUUGAUCCCCAGGGGCGAUUGGUUGCGCUUUCGGGCACAGAUGGAAUUGUUUACGUUUACUCCCUAACAGCCGAAGAGCCAGAGUUGAUUCGAAAGGUGGAUGGCAUCAUUGGUGCUUUGGAUGCGGACAGUGAGAACUCAACACGUGUAGCAUGGCAUCCAGACGGCAGGGCAUUCGCGGCACCCACCCCUGUGAAAGACAUUCAGGUCAUCUCGAAGAAUGACUGGGAGAAGCAAAGGUCUUUCGCUAAUGGACACUUGGCCGAUAUCACAGCUAUCGCCUGGUCCCCCAACGGCGCUAUGUUGGCAUCAACGAGCAAAGACGGCAAAGUGUUGAUUUGGGAAACCAAGACCCAAUCUGUCAUCGCGAGAUACGACUACCCUAAUGUCAUUGACUUGGUGUGGCAUCCAACAAAGAACAUCCUUUCCUUCACAACUAGCGACGGCGAAGUCUACAUCUACCCAGAAUUCCUAACGGAUCAGUUCUCACCUCUGUUGAAGUUGGACACACAACCCGCCCCUUUCAUUCACGACCCUCUUGCUGAGAUCUCUGCGAAUAGGAGGCCGCCUCCCGUUAACGGUCAAAAGCAACAGGGCCUUCCAACAAGACCUCGAAGAGAUUCUCUAGGAAGUCUCGACUCAUUCCUUGAAGGUGGCGAUGGCUACGGCGACGAUGAUUUCGUGGAGGAUGACGACGGUGCUGGAUACACUGCAGGGCUUGGCCAGAAGCGUGGUCGUGACGACGAUGAUGCUCUGGGUCUCUCCAAUAAGCGUCGACAUAUGCUCGAGCCGCAAUAUCACAAAGCAUUUCAGCCAGGAGCAACCCCAUGGCGAGGCAAUCGCAAAUAUCUUUGUCUCAAUUUGAUCGGUUUUGUUUGGACAGUCGACCAGGACAUCCAUCAUACCGUUACGGUGGAGUUCUACGACAACGAAUUCCAACGUAACUUUCACUUUACCGACACAUUCCUAUACGACAAGGCCUGCUUGACCGAGCACGGUACUCUAUUCUCAUGCCCACCCAAAGAUGAUACCCCUGCAGUGAUAUUCUACCGACCUCAUGAGACAUGGACACAACGAUCUGACUGGCGCACCGAACUACCUCGGGGCGAAGCCGUCAAGGCCAUGUCCCUGAGCGAGUCAUUCAUCACUGUCACAACCAGCGCCAACUACGUGCGCGUGUUUACUCUAUUUGGCAUGCCCUAUCGUGUAUAUCGACCGAAGAGCACACCGAUGGUGACAUGUGCUAGCUGGAGGGAUUACGUUUUAACUAUGGGCAACGGACCCAUGGGGGCAGAUGGCAACACUCGCCUCUUGUAUACUAUUGAAAACGUGAAGAGGGAUGAGAUUUGCCAGAACGAGGACACAGUCGCUCUCCCCGAAGGCGCUACACUCAAGAGCGUCUUCUUCUCAGAUAACGGUGACCCCUGUAUUUACGACUCAACCGGAACUCUUCUUACGCUACUUCACUGGCGGCAGCCUUCUAGAGCGUCAUGGGUGCCUCUUCUAGACACCAAACUGCUUGAUCGUCUCGCGACAGGCCGCAAGAAUGAAUCAUACUUCCCUAUUGCUGUCGCUGACAAUAAGUUCCACUGUAUCAUCCUCAAGGGUGGUGAACAAUACCCCUAUUUCCCUCGCCCUCUGCUUUCCGAAUUCGAUUUCUCUAUUCCUAUAUCCUCAGCACCGAAGCCUCCCAAGCGUAAAACUCGCGAAGGGUCAGAAGAUCUCGACAUGGCUGAUGACGACGGUGACGAGGACGAAGAAGAGGACGGUUCCUCGGAAACACGCAAACUUGAGCAGCAGUUCAUGCUCCACAAUGUGGAAGCCGCUCAGCUCCGGGAUCUUGUUGAGGCUACGUCAGGCAGCCAUACUCAGCGUUCGCAGCUAUCUCGCCUUGAGCUUGAGAUUGACAAGACGCUGCUUCAGCUCCUAGCUGUUGAGUGUCGUGAGAGCGAGGAUCGAGGCAUGCGUGCACUUGAGAUGGUUCAGCUGAUGAGAGACCGUACGGGCCGUAUGAUGGAGGCUGCGGGCAGAGUGGCAGAACGAUAUGGAAGAACGAUUCUGGGUGAAAAGAUUCGUGAGGUUGGCGAGAAACGAAUUGGAGGCUUGGAAGAUGACGAUUUCUAA